AUGAAUCCCGUCGGUAUGGGAAAUCCUGCUGAGGCACCGAGACGUGCUCACCUUUAUGUCGGCAAUCUCAGUCCCCGUGUUACUGAGUACAUGUUGACCGAAAUCUUUGCUGUUGCGGGACCCGUUCAACACGUGAAAAUUAUUCCGGAUCGCAACUACCAGCAUGGAGGGUUGAAUUAUGGUUUCGUGGAAUACAUAGACAUGCGUGCUGCCGAAACUGCUCUUCAAACUCUGAACGGUCGCAAAAUCUUCGAUACAGAGAUUCGCGUCAAUUGGGCCUACCAGGGCCAACAAAAUAAAGAGGAUACUACCGGCCAUUACCACGUUUUCGUGGGCGAUCUCAGCCCAGAGGUCAACGAUGAAGUCCUCGCCAAAGCUUUCAGCGCUUUUGGUACCAUGUCGGAUGCUCGAGUCAUGUGGGACAUGAAUUCAGGAAAGUCUCGUGGCUACGGCUUUUUGGCCUUCAGAGACAAAACGGACGCUGAGCAGGCUAUCGCCACUAUGAACGGCGAAUGGCUCGGCUCGCGCGCCAUUCGAGUAAACUGGGCCAACCAGAAAACUCAAGGAAGUCCUGCCGCUCCUCCACGUCCUGGCGGAACUGGCACUGCGCCUGCUCCCAUCAACUUCCAGGGUGGUCCGUUAUCGUACGAGUCGGUCGUUCAACAAACUCCUGCAUACAAUACUACAGUCUACGUCGGGAACCUAGUACCAUACUGUACCCAAGCAGACCUCAUUCCCUUGUUCCAAUCAAUUGGCUAUCUUUCCGAAAUUCGCAUGCAAGCCGAUAGAGGUUUCGCGUUCGUCAAACUCGAUACGCACGAGCACGCAGCGAUGGCCAUCGUUCAACUACAAGGCCAGAUGGUGCACGGAAGGCCGAUCAAGUGUAGCUGGGGUAAGGAUAGGGCGGAUGGCGCUGUUGCAUCUACACCCAUAAGUCCUACUGCAGGAGCGUCGCCCUAUGGAAACAUGCCCAUGUAUGGAAUGCCUCAGCCAAAUACCUACGGUCAAUACGGAUUCGGCGGAUAUGGCGGUUUCCCUAACCAGGCCGCAGGCGCUGGUGCCUCGGCUCCUGGUGCUGCUGGGAUGCCUCAGCCCGCUGCUGGGACUGGUCUUGGACUGGCCAAUACUACCUCACAACCCGGUGCUGACCCCAAUGUCGCCUCUGCAGGCCAAGCAGGCCAAGCCCAGUGGGCGGGAGCUGAUCCCUCCUCAUACUACUCGAAUUACUGGGGUGGUUAUUACGGGCAACAAGCAGCUGGCCAACAGCCUGGUGGUGGCGACACUCAGAUGCAAGCACCUUGA